CAUUGUGAAAACUGCCAUGACAGUCAAGUUGACGUCAUUUUUAUCGAGUUUCAAUGCCGAUACCAUGAGGCAGACGUAGUAAAAAUAAAAUUAAAUAAAAUCAUAAAAAAGUCGUAAUAUUAAACGGUUGCUAUAACAAAUAAAUAUAUGUUAAUAAAAAAACAAAAAAGAUGAAAAAAAAACGUCAAUCAGAACCGUGCGGAGAUAUCGACAAUGAAUCGACAGAAUCGUGUGAAGAUAAUCAAAAUAAAACGGGCAGAAGUAGUGACUGUUGUGAUCAUAUUCUAAAAUCUAUUUGUCAACCAAAAACGAAAAAAGCGUUGAAAGGUGGCUUAGACGUUGAUUGUUCCGAAUGUGCUAAAGAAGGAAAUUCAAAAGAUACCGAUAAUGGUGAUUUCGAAUAUGAUUUAAGCUUAUGGCUUUGCUUAAGAUGUGGUCAUCAAGCUUGUGGGCGUAAUCGUCGACAACAUGCGUUAAAACAUUUUCAUACUCCGCAUUCAGACUGCCAUGCAUUGUGUGUGAAUACAACCACAUGGAUUGUCUGGUGUUAUGAAUGCGAUCGGGAAAUUCAACCGAAAACUAAGCGAGGAUUAUUAGAAAUUUAUGAAUAUAUUAAAAAACAAUCUCAGGCUGUAUCAAAAAUGAAUAAUCCGGUAAGUGGUGUAGCAAUUGAAAAACCAUUACAAAUUGAAGAAAAACAAUUUUCGGCAUCGAAUAAAAUUAUUGAGAGUUUACCUCGUCUUCGAGGAUUGUCAAAUUUAGGAAAUACAUGCUUUUUCAACGCUGUAUUACAGUGCUUAGCUCGAACACCUUUCUUAGUUCCUGUGUUAAAAGAAAUGUCUGAAGAAGGUGAAAAAUUCCGUUUACCUGGAGGUACGUUCAAAUUUAAAGAUAAAACAGAAGAUUUACCUCCAAUUGAAGGUGAAUUAGCUUCAUGGGGAGCACUUACUGAAACUUUAGCAAAUACGCUAACAGAACUUCAAUCUUCCGGUGGAGUAGUUAACGCAAAAGCACUUCUACGACUUUUAGCUAGUAAACAACCACAAUUUGGCGUUGGUGAUCAAGAAGACUCUCACGAACUAUUACGACACUUAUUAGAAGCCGUACGUGCAGAAGAUUUAAAGCGUUACCAGCGUGUAAUUUUACAAGAAACUAAAAUUCCGUUAAAAUCAAAUCCAGCAUCCAUUGAUGAAGAAACGACACAAAAGGUGAAAUUUUAUGGUCUACAAGCAUCGGAUAUGAUUCUACGUCCAGAACAAGUAUUUCGUGGUGUACUCGUAAGCACAUUGCAAUGUCAAGAUUGUUUGCAUACUUCCACGCGUGAGGAAUCAUUUUUAGAUUUAAGUUUACCAAUAAUGCCUGAUAAACCCCAACCGCCAAUUAUGCGACGUAAAUCAGAAUUAGACGAAGAUAAACAAGUGUCCGCGUCGAAACAUCAAUUAAAAAAAGAGAAAAAACUUGCGCGUAAAUUAGCGAAAGAACAAAAUAAAAUAAAUAAAGCUUCUACGAUUAACGAAGAAAAUAACACUUCGAAUGCGGGAAAUAAUUCAAGUGAACAGUCCGAUGCUGAUAUCGAAGAUAAUUUAGAAGAUGUCACAAAAGUAUUGAGUACACCAGACGAAGAUAAAUCGGAAAAAGUUGAUUCACCGGAAAAAGUUCGUUCAGAUGAUGUUAACCAAAUCAAUGAUAUGAAUUUAAAAUUAUCGGAUAUUUAUCGUGAUUAUAAUCAUCAUAAUCAUCAAGCAACAAAUCCAACUGCCGAUUUACAAGAGUUAACAGAUCGUUUGACUGCUGGCAGUGUAAAUAUCUCCGAUGAAAAAUUACCACCACAACAAAUCCAUUCAGUUAGUCGAAAUGUUAGUCCGAAUUCAUCAGAGUGUAGUGAUUUAUCCAGUCCGGAUAAUCCAAAUGCGCAAACAACUGAAAGCCGAAACGAUAUUAGUCCGGAUGAUAGUACAAGUGGUGUUGUUAAUAAACUUAAUUCUAGUCCAGAUGGUGGAGACAAUAACAAGGUUACAUCUCCAGCGGGGGUUGCUCCAACGACACUUACUCCAGGAGGAUGGUAUGCUGCCCCUUGGCAUAAUAAUGUCGAUAUUUUCUCAUCAUUACCUCCAGCCGUUCCAGAAGAUAAUCGUAAUAGCUAUUACACACCUUCUCCAAGUACGAUCGGAGCACGAUAUCAGUGCGAUGAUAGUGAGUGCUCUGUACAAUCUUGCUUGAAUCAGUUCACUUCGGUGGAGCUAAUGACGGGAAAUAAUAAAGUUUGCUGCGAAGCUUGUACUAAACGCAUUAACGGAAAAGAUGGUGGAAAGAACGUUUAUACAAAUUCCACAAAACAAUUGUUAAUUGCCAUGCCUCCAGCUGUAUUAAUAUUACAUUUAAAACGUUUUCAAGUAUUUCGUAGUUUAUUCCGAAAAAUGUCAAAACCGGUCACAUUUCCAUUGAUUCUGGAUCUAGCCCCAUUUUGUAGUAAUAAAUGUAAAAAUUUACCUACGAUAAAUAAUCAACAAAAUCGUAUCUUAUAUUCAUUAUAUGGGGUCGUAGAACAUAGUGGGACCUUACACGGGGGACAUUAUGUGGCUUAUGUUAAAGUACGACCACCGUUAGAUGAGAAUAGUUAUCGGUGUAAAUUUUUACCCCGAAUUGGUUCAAAGAAAUAUACAAAUCAUAUUGAAUCCGAAGAAAAAUCAACGAAACCAAGUGUGUCUGAGGAUGAUGUCGAUGAUGGUGCUUCAGGUGUAUCAGACCCAAAACCACCGCCUGGUAAAUGGUAUUAUGUAAGUGAUUCACAAGUUAGUGAGGUUCAAGAAAGUCAAGUACUCAAAGUUCAAGCUUAUUUAUUAUUCUAUGAGCGAAUAUUGUAAAUUUUUGAAAUUUUCUUUUCAAAAUUAUUUUGUUUUAAAUUGGAGCUAAUUGUAAUAACUUCGCGGUGGUUCAUUGCUCUACGAAGAUUACCGAUUGUGGACACGAUGUUAAAACAAUUGUUAUUGUGUCUAAAGAGAAAAUAUCCGAUAUAGAGUAUGCAUAAUUCAAUGAGUGCAAUACUUCUGAGUUAUGGAGAGAAUUCUUUAAAGAAAAAUCUAAUUUUGUUCCUUAUUCGUUUCAAAUCGUAUACACUUAACUAAUCGUAAUCAAUUUUCCAAUGUGAUUUUUGGUAUAUUUAAGCCGUUUUCGAGAUUAAAGUUGAUUUGCAUGGAAUUUAGAUUAAUUUAUUAAAAUCGUAGGUGUAUCUAGUUUUAGAUACAAAAUAUGGUUUUGGGCAGCUUGAUGAAUAUAAAACAUGAUUAUCGGUGUUUCAUAAAGAUUUGAGAAAAUAACGCAAAAAGUCAUUGUUUAAUUUCGACUAAAUAAAACAGAUUUGAAAUUAAUCGGAAAAUGCACUCAUCGAUUUUUGCAUACUACUGACCGAUCUGUCGGUAAUCUUCGCUGAUAUUGCUUCAAUUAGUGUAUUAUAGAGUAACAGUAAAACCUUUUUAAAGCGAGUAAUUUUGAAACUUAGGUGUGUUAUUUCUAUUUAACUUUUAAGUGCAAUCAAUUUUAUAAGAAAAUUAUUUUUUUGAUAAGGAUUUAAAUGAAAAUUUAUCGUCAAAUAUGAGAUUGUACAGGCGUAACUAGGUCCAAUAUAUUUUUGAGGGUGCAUGCCAUAUUGUAAGUUUAAUAGAUAAGGAGUUGAAGAAAUGCUCAAUGCCAAAGCUGAAAAUGGCUUUCUACAUUUUUUUCGAAGAGACUGAGAAUGUCUAGUUGCGUCCUAGAAUGAAAGAUUUGGAAAUCUAGGGAAAAGAAGUAAAAGCACAAAUACAGUUGUUAGGUUUAUUUUCUAAGCGAAAAACCACAUUUUCAAAAUGAAGGCAAACACUUUUUAAAUCAGGUCUAAUUAUGUAAACUUUGUUUUUGCAUUAUAAUUUUUAAAACAAUUUGUUUUUCUGUGUCGACUGAAAUCACUGAUGUAUGACAAACGUUACUUUAUUUCUAAAAGUUGAUUACGACGGAAAGAAGGAAAAUUAAUUUUUAAUUUGUGCAUAUCAUUUAGUUUAAUUUUUUUAGCUAAUUUAUUUACUUUGUAAAAUUUAUGAAAUGUGAAUGUUGACAUCCACCAAAGUGAACAGUGUUAAUAGGUUUCACUGUAAUUGCUAAUACAAAAAAAGUAAUGCUAUGCAAUAAUUAAUUUGAAAAGCUGUACAAAACAAAACUUUAAUUGAAAGAUA